CGGAAGUGAACAUGAUACAUUCUGGUGGCGAUCACAUGAGGCGCGGUCACGUGAUGGACCUCAAAUAAUCCGGGAGACCGGUCCGGGAGCAGGGAGACGGGUCGUCGGGAUGGUGUUGGGUUGGGGAUCCCGGGACAACAAGGGGAGAGCAGGCGGUUUCUGAAGCCGUUGGCGGGGACUGAGGGUGAUGUCAUCACAAGAACCAUCCGUCGGCUCCAGUGAGAAGCACUUGGCAAGACCCAUCCUCGGACAACGGGAGAGGAGCCUGAGGCGAGAUGGCGUCCGUGCUGAGGGACGUCUGCUCCCGCCGCACCUUGCAGAGGUGUUUCCCGAUACUGGCGUGGCUGCCCCGCUACUCGGCUCAGUGGUUGCAAAUGGAUCUCCUGGCCGGGGUGACUGUAGGGCUGACUGUGGUACCUCAGGCGCUUGCCUACGCCGAGAUUGCCGGACUUCCUGUUCAGUAUGGCCUCUACUCCUCCUUCAUGGGCUGCUUUAUUUACUGCCUGCUUGGCACCUCAAAAGACAUUACCCUGGGUCCGACAGCGAUCAUGUCCCUCCUGGUGUCCACGUACGCUCAUCACGACCCGGUGUACGCUGUGCUCCUGGCUUUCCUCUGUGGCUGCAUUCAACUAGCAAUGGGAAUCCUGCACCUCGGUUUCCUAGUUGACUUCAUCUCUUCCCCGGUAAUAAAGGGGUUCACCAGCUCUGCUGCUCUGACCAUCGGCUUUGGCCAGGUGAAGAACAUCCUUGGACUCCGUGACAUUCCCCGCCAGUUCUUCCGUGAGGUCUACUAUACCUUCUAUAAUAUCUCUCACACCAGAGUGGGUGACCUCGUGCUUGGCGUCAUCUGCCUUCUGCUGCUCAUCCUGCUGAAGGUGAUGAAGGGCCACCUGGCGGAGAAGCCCAGCCGAAUGCCGCUGCUGAACCGGGUGUGCCACGCCAUCGUCGGCUUCACCGCCACAGCCCGGAAUGCCGUGGUGGUAGUGGUUGCCAGCCUGGUUGCUUUCUGCUUCGAGAGUCAACGUCUGCACGUGUUUACCCUGACGGGAGCAACGGCUCAGGGUCUCCCACGCUUCCAGCUUCCACCCUUUUCCCAAGCGGAGAGCAACGGCACAGUGUGCUUCACUGAGAUGGUUCGGAACUUCGGAGCAGGUUUGGCUGUUGUCCCUCUGGUGGGAUUUCUGGAGAGCAUAGCAAUUGCCAAAGCUUUCGGUGACUGCUCGGAAGGAUACAGAAUCGACCCAAAUCAGGAGCUUGUCGCCAUAGGCACUACAAACAUCCUGGGCUCCUUCGUCUCGUCUUACCCAGUGACGGGAAGUUUCGGCAGGACUGCCGUGAACUCCCAGACCGGUGUGUGCAGCCCUGCUGGUGGAAUAGCCACGGGGGUCAUCGUGCUACUGUCCCUGGCCUUUCUCACACUCUUCUUCUACGUCCCGAAGGCAGCCCUGGCCGCCGUCAUCAUCCUGUCGUCUCCACAGUCUCUCGACCUGCGGAUUCUCGUCACGCUUUGGAGAGUGAGCAAGCUGGACUUGCUGCCAUUCCUAGCAUCAUUCCUGGGUUGUUUUUAAAUCCAGUAUGGAAUUCUGGCUGGAAUUGCUUUGUCUGGGAUAAUUCUACUUUUCAACAUUGCCAGACCAGAGACCAAGGUUGCCGAUUAUGGUCCCAUAGUGGUGCAGCUGCAGAGUGGUCUGAACUUCCCUGCUGUCGAAUAUGUUCGUGACCUGCUGUACAGCCAGGCUUUGGAAGCCUCCCCUCCCCGCUCAGCCAUCCUGGACUGCCUUCAUGUCAGCAGCAUCGACUACACAACCGUCAACAGCUUGCGAGAGCUGAUCCUGACGUUUCAGCAGCAGAACCUGUCUCUGCUGCUCUCUAACUUGCGGCCCAAGAUAUUGUCGAUUCUGACUUCUGCAGAGAUUGAAGGAUUGAGAUGCUUCAACAGCACUGAGACAGCGAUGCAUCACCUACUGGCCACAAGAAGUGACCAACUGCAAGACGUGGAUGAGAGUGAGAAACCACUGCUUAGUAGCUCUGAGCCAUAGUGCAGUAGUUUGCAACAGGUGAUGGCUUCUGCACGGGGCUGGUCGGCUGUAGUAAUGUGUAUAGUGUCACCAAGUUCUGGCCGGAGACCUGUUUCUUCACUGAGGCAGGCACGUGCAUUGCAUGGCGAGCAAUCCACUUUGUUGCAUCUCCAGCAACAAUAUAACUAAUCCAUAAAUGUCUCCAAUCACUACAACAGAGACUAGAUAUAAAUCCUCGUUCAGUCAGCUUUCUUAUUUUAGUGUAUCUUCUAAUCAUCAAUCAUUCUCUUCAGUCUCCUUAUUUUCCCCUCUGGCUUGUUUUGAUCUGUUUCGACAGUCACCAACAGUCUGCUGAUUUGGAACUAAUGAAGGAGCCUUUGCCCAGUUGAGAGGCAUCAGUUUCUAGCUCUGGAUACUGGUUGUGGCACGAGUGGCUCAGAGGAUCAGUGAGGGAGGAAUGUUUCAAUGUACCUGUUUGUUGAUUCUGGGCAAUAUCCUUGUGGGUUUGAGAGCCUCACCCUUCACUGUUGGAGAGACUAUGGCUACUACUAAUCAAACUGACAAUAUGAUGUCCCACUCUUUACUGAUCACCAGGAUUUGCAGCAUGCAUUUUUCUUUUCUAAUAAGUUUGCAUAAAGAAUUCAACCUGUUUGGUUUGGAUUUGACUUGUCCUCAAUGAAUGAUUUGCAUUUCUAGCAGUUUUUUUAAAAAGGUGUGCAUUUGCAAACCUUUUUAGUUUGCAUGUUUGAGAAGGUCUGCACUUUAUUUAGCAUCACCCUCUCCCCCCCACCACCACCCACCUCUCCAGUAUCAAAACUGGCAAGAGAUCAGUAUAUUGUAAGUCAAAGUUCCAAGCCACUGUCACUCAGAGUAUUGUCGACCAUUAUUAGCCAAAUUUUGUGAUGCACUCCUUCGCCUUGGAACAGUUUACAUUGGAAAAUCAUGGGAGGGGCAGCUUAAAGGACUCUGCAAACAUUUGCAUCCUGAAGGAAAUAUUUAACUGAAGUUUCACUAGUCAAGGGGAAUUUUAAUGGUCCACUUGUUUACAGUGAUAGGUUUUAAACUAGUUAGUAAUCCAAUCUGUAAAUCAUUGAGGCCUUUGCCUUUUCAGUCUUUCUCACAGAUAGUUUUUUUACGGGAAAAUUGGGUAGCUGAUGUUGUGUUGCACAGAUUUACAAGGAGCACAAGGUUGGGUGGGAACAGUUUUAAAUAAUAUCUGGAUAACUCCAGCCAUUCUCUCAAUGAUCUUGUAUGUGUAAGGCUGGCAGUAAAUAAUUAAAGUGACUUUGAAAGUAAACUUGGUUUUUCUGGUGUUUGUGGUUGGGGAGGAGGCUGUUCCUUGUUCCUACAUUCUUGGUUUCUGUGACUGUUGCUUGAACCCUGCUCAUCAGCAAGUGUCUUGUGAUUUUUGCAAAGAAGGUCUGAGGAGCUCAGCUGGAUUUUAGGGAAACUGAAGGAA